AUGUCACUCACGAUCCGGCCCCUUCAUCCGACCUUUGCAGCGGAGAUCUACGGCGUUGACUUCUCAAAGCCAUUAACAGAUGAGGUGUUCCAGGAGAUCAAGGAUGCCAUAUCCAAGUAUGGCGUCUUGGUCUUCCCGAAAACGGGCCUGGACGACGAGCGCCAUGUCGCUUUUGCCAACCGCUUCGGUGAGCUUGAACGCCGCAAGGACACUGGGUCGCCGUCGCGGAUGAGCCGUCCAGAACUGACGGAUCAGGGCAACAUCGACAGCAACAGAAACAUCAUCAGCGCGAGCGAUCCUAGGGCUCAGAUCAGCAAGGGAAAUAUGCUCUUCCAUGUCGAUAGCGGCUUCAACUCUCGGCGGGCGAGCUAUUCCAUCCUCCUCGCGCACGAGAUCCCUCCCUCAGGCGGCGGCGGAAAUACGGAAUUCGCAGACACGCGAGCGGCAUGGGACGAACUCCCUGAGUGCUGGAAGCAGGAGCUGAUGGAAAAAGACUAUGUCGCGGGCCACUCGUUCUGGCACUCGCGCAAGAAGGCAUGUUCCGAGUUCUUUGCCAAGCUUGAGCCAGAGAAGCACCAAAUGAGCAAGCACAAGGUCGCACAGCUCCAUCAGUCGAGCGGGCGGAUGAACCUAUUUGUGCCGUCGCAUUGUCAUCAUAUCGAAGGACUCCAGGCGGAAGAGGGGAGAGAGAAGUUGGAGUUUCUAUAUCGGCAUGCCACCCAAGACAAGUUUGUCGUCUCGGUCCCGUGGCAGGAAGUUGGCGACCUGGUCAUGUGGGAUAAUACGUGUACGCUCCAUCGGGGAACGCCAGUUGCUGGGCUUCACAAGAGGGAUAUGAGGAGAGCAACGGUACUGGAUGGAAGUGAAGAGGCUUGGGGAUUGAAUGAAAGGGUUGAGAAGGAUUUUGCAUUUGCGCCUGAGGUUAUGGCUGAUGUGUUUCGAUGCCUUUGA